AGGCCCAUGCUACGUCUACCAAAGCUGUACACAAGCAUCGUUCCUUGCGGAGACCAGUCUUUUGCCUUGUCAGUAAUUGGAAGAAGAAGGCUCUUAGUGAGCCUCCCAGCCAAUCUGCCGCUGGUCAUUGUGUUCAAGCGCUGCGACCAGAGUAGGCACUGUAACCGCGCGCUUGCGUGCGAUAUUAUCCACAAAGGUUCAAAUGCUUCCCUAGGUUACGUAUAGCUGAGAUCCACCAGGCUUGGAAGCGGAGAAAAUUGUUUCUCACCCAUUCCUUUUGGAUUUCAGUACCGAGGAUCCUUCCAAAGCUCUAAAUCCCUCUUCGGACUUUCUCUAUACUUGCAACCCCUUGUUCAAUCACUCUGUUCUCGAUAUCCGCAUAUCCAGAGAGCACGACUACAACCUCUCGUUUCCAAAGUCCUUUGCAUGUACAACCUAGAUCCAUCAUCCCGGCAUUUACCUCACUAUGAAUUCCAAUCCUCCAAAUCCUCCAACUCUCACCACCACCACCUACCUCAACGACCCCCACGUCAUAGCCCGCAUCUCAGCUCUGCAACGAAUGCCUGAAAGUCCUGAUCACGAGCACCUCAGACUAUACAAACGCCUGAUGUCCGCAAUCCUAUACUGCCUUUUCCCAUCCACUGCCAGACUCUCCGUCCUGCAAGAAAACCUCACCACGACCCUACGUCCCAGCUUCACCAUAGCAAAACUCCUUUCGAAGCCCGGAGGAAGUGCGCACGAGUACGAUUUCCUCUUGGGCGAGACGAAAUGCCCUGGAGAAUCCUGGUCGGCAUCCGCGGACCAGCUGCACGCAGCGUGUGCCGCGAAUGACAACGAGACGAAGAAUGUUUAUGGGAUGCUUCAGAUUGGGUUCGAGCUUCAGUUUUAUAAACACGAGAAUUAUCGGUUUGAGGCGCUUGGUGGACGGUUGCAUUUGGUAGAUGAUGUGGAUACUGUUGUUGCUUGGGCUCAGCACAUAACGGCGAAUCCAAUGCCUCUUGUACAUUACUAGUCUGGUAGCUGUAGUGGUAGGGAACUACAAACAUUUGGGCACACUAG